AUGUCUCCAAGAACUGUUGUAAUCACAGGCUGCUCCUCUGGUAUUGGCUUGGCGUUGGCAGUCAAACUAGCAAAAGAUCAGUUGAAACGAUUCAAAGUUAUUGCAACAAUGCGAGAUUUAGGCAAGAAGAAACAAUUGGAAGACGCAGCACGCGAGACAUUGGGCAACAUGCUGGAAAUUAAAGAACUUGAUGUUUGCAGUGAAGAUUCCAUCAGCAAAUGUGUGAACAGUAUUCCAGGAAAAAAAGUGGACAUUCUGGUAAGUAAUGCUGGAAUGGGACUCAUCGGACCAGUUGAGUGCCAAAGCUUAGACACCAUGAAAAUGGUGUUUGACACAAACUUCUUUGGUCUGACUCGCUUGGUGAAGGAGAUUUUACCUGACAUGAAAAGAAGGCAGAAGGGCCACAUUGUUGUCAUGAGUAGCGUUAUGGGAAUCCACGGUCUUCUCUUCAACGAUGUCUAUUCAGCAUCAAAAUUUGCUGUGGAGGGUUUCUGUGAAAGUUUGGCAAUUCAAGCCUUAAAAUUCAAUAUAAACAUCAGUCUCAUUGAGCCAGGACCAGUCAUCACUGAGUUUGAAGCCAAAUUGUAUGAGGAUGCUGCUAAAAUGGACCUCUCCAGUACGGAUGAAGAAACAGCAAAAAUGUUUCGGCAACUUUACCUUCCCUAUUCCAAGAAAGUCUUCCAUAGUCUUGGACAAACAGCAGAAGAUGUAGCCGAGCAUACAGUGAAGGUGAUUACAUCCGAAAAGCCUCCGUUCCGUUACCAGACCAACAGUCUGUACACUCCACUCACGACACUGAAAUUUGCUGACCCAACUGGGAACCUGCACCUUGACACUUACUACAAAAUGAUCUUCCAACAUGACAGAAUAUUCAAUGCAAGCCUCAGCCUUAUCAAAUUCUUAAGGGGAAGAAGUGGAAACCAGCCGGGAAAAAAACACUCUUGA